AAACAGCUGAUUCUUUCCCUCUAAUAAAUUGUCAGUGUCUUUGGGAGGGCCGGGCUUUUCAGAAAUGUAAACAACUGAUUCUUUCACUUUACCAUGAAACUUGGAAUCGGGAAGUACUUCUGAGCAGAUUUUCAUCAGGGAACAUCCUUGUGGUCUUCUCACCCUCUCUAAGCAGCCAGGGCUAUUUUGGCAAAAAUGCUGAAGAAGUUUCUUAAUUCUUUCUCCAGCUUAUUUUACAAAGGAAGAAACGAGCAAACAGGGAUUACCAGCAUGGAACAUCCUUGUGGUCUUUUCACCCUCUCUAAUCAGCCAGUUCCUCUCAAGAGCAUCUCAGUGGAUGUGUCUAUCAAUCAGUUUGUGGCAGAUGUGUCUGCAACCCUGGACUACAAGAAUGAGGAAACAGGCCCUGUGGAAGCAUUGUUUGUGUUCCCCAUGGAUGAAGACUCUGCUGUUUAUAGCUUCCAGGCUGUGGUGGAUGGGAAGAAUAUAGUGGCAGAAAUCCGAGAAAAGCAGCAGGCUCAGGAAGAUUAUGAGAAUGCUAUCUCCCAAGGCCAGGCAGCCUUCCUACUGGAGCAGGAUAGCAGCUCUGGGGACAUUUUCAGAUGUAGUAUAGGAAAUCUGCCCCCUGGCCAGAAGGCUACUGUCACCAUGAGCUAUGUUCAGGAACUGUCCCUUGAAGCAGAUGAGGCUGUUCGAUUUGUGCUCCCAGCCAUCUUGAACCCACGCUACCUUCUCCAAGAAUCAGCUGAGACUAACAGCAUCACCUCUUACAUUUCCCGGAUUCUUGGCAAGGAGUUGCCCUACACAUUUAGUGUCAGCGCCAAUAUCUGCUCCUCUAAUGGCAUUGAGAAGGUCCAUUCCAGCUGUGCCCUGAGUCCCCUGAAGUACUUGGCAGAUGACAAGACAGUUGCCCAGGUUUCCUUGGCUGAAGGGCACAAAUUUGAUCGGGAUGUUGAGAUUCUGGUUUACUAUGGGGGAAGAAACACUCCCAGUGUCUCCUUGGAGCUUCCCCAAGCUGGUGCCAAACCAGGUUCCCUGAUGGGAGACACAGCUAUGAUGGUGAGUUUCUACCCUAGCAUCUCUGUGGCUGAGGGAGAGAGCACUUCUGGUGAAUUUAUCUUCCUCGUGGACCGCUCAGGGAGCAUGAAUUCACCACUGAAUUUUGAAAAGGGUUCCCAGUUCCGCAUAUCAAGUGCCAAGGAAACUCUGAUCCUGCUGCUGAAGAGUUUGCCUCUUGGCUGUUAUUUCAAUAUCUAUGGAUUUGGAUCCACUUUUGAUUACUUCUUCCCAGAAAGUGUGGAGUACACACAGCAGACCAUGGAGGAGGCUGUGCAGAGAGUAAAGUCUCUUAAAGCUGACCUGGGAGGGACUGAAAUCUUGGAGGCACUGACGGACAUUUACAGCAAAUCCUGCAAACCAAACCACCCCCGGCAGCUCUUUGUCUUCACAGAUGGAGAAGUUUGUGAUACAGGUUUGGUCAUUGCUGAAGUUCAACGCCACAGCCAGAAUCACAGGUGUUUCUCUUUUGGAAUUGGAGAAGGGGCUUCUACCAGCCUUAUUAAAGGCAUUGCACGGGCAUCUGGAGGCACUGCAGAAUUCAUCAUGGACAAGGACAGAAUGCAGCUCAAGGCUCUUCGGUCCCUAAAGCGAGCCUUGCAGCCAGUGGUCCAGGAUAUCUCCUUUACUUGGACUCUACCUCUUGGGGUGGAGACCACCUUGCUCUCCCCAGCUCCUACUAUGAUCUUCCAUGGUCAGAGGUUAAUUGUCUAUGCCCAAUUGAAAGGGACCAAUGCACCCAAAGGAGCAGCAGGUGAGGUAUGUCUUCAGUACACACUCUGUGGUAAUAUUGUCAGGAGCACAGUGCCAUUCUCCUUGGAUCCCAAAGCAGAUGACAAACUUACCAUUCACCGCCUGGCUGCCAAGUCCUUGAUCCAGACCCUAGAAAGAAGUUCACAGGAUGCUGCAGAAGAGAAGAAAAAAGUGGUGGAUAUCAGCCUCCAGUCAGGAGUUGUCUCCCCUCACACAGCCUACAUUGCUAUCAAUAAGGAGCUCAACGAGCCCAUUCAGGGGCCCCUAACUCAGAGGGAUAUUCCAUUGGCUCAUAGAUGUCAUGAUGGGAGAAAGUUUCUGGGAGUUCCUCAGAAAAAUAUUGGUGUCCCUCUGGCUGAUUUACCUAGAAGUGCUGUCAGGAGUCUUCUUAGUGCAGAUCACUGUGUGCCUUAUUUUGUGAGUGAUGAAUGUGAUGAUGAUGACCCUUUCACACUAUCUGACAAUGAGUCUCCACUUCUACAGCUGAUUUCCCUCCAGAAGGCAGAUGGUUCCUGGGAACUGGAUGAAGCUCUGACUUCAGUCCUGGGUGUGAGUGUUCAGGCUGCACUGGCUGCAUUGCCUGAUCAGAGUAAAGAUGUCCCAAGCUGGGCCACUAUCUUGGCUGUGCUGUGGCUGCACAGCAGCUUUUGGGGCCAGAGAGAAGAAUGGGAACUUCUGGAAAAGAAGGCUGUGGCAUGGAUCCAGGCUCAUUCUGACUCCUCCCUGGGUGAAUGUAUUGAAGCUGCCAAUGCUCUUCUGAAAUCCUCUGUGGAUCCUGCAGUCUUUGGCCUGUGAGAGUAGAGAUGGAAGAUUUUAAGAGUUUAUCUCUGGCUCCUUCUCCUUAGCCUCUCUGCUGCUGAGAGCUCUUGGUGUGCUUCCCUUCCCAGUUAUGGCUCAUUUCCCAUAGGAAGUAGUCAGUCAGAUACAGUUUGUUUUAAUUCAGGUAUUUCUUUAGUGCCCUGCUCUGGGCUGGACACUGCUAGGAGCUAGCAUUACAGAGACAAAAAUGAUAGUCCCCUCACCCAAGCAGCUUGCAUUCUUCUGGGGAAAGCAAGAAGUUUACAGAUCAGCAAAUUCCAAAAUAUGUACAAAUAAAUAAAAAUAAUCUGGGGAGAUAGGAGCAUGAAAUAGCAACAGGGACAAUUGUGAAAGGAUUCUUUCAAUUCCACAAAUUUUUCUAAGCACCCACAUACUCUACAUUUUCAUUCUUUGUGGUUAUCAGAAUUUGUGUCAUUGCAUGAACCCAUGAAGUUCCAAUUUGGGGGAAGGCAGUUAUUAGUAUAUCUUUUUUCCUUGCUCCUUUAGAAUAUUUCAAAGCAUAUUAAAGGCAGAAUGAUUCCUCCAUUCUUUUAAAAUGUGAAAUGAAGGACCUAGUUUGAAGUGUCUUUAACCUAUGUGCAGAUAGAUAUUGGACUUGAGGAGAGAAUGAAAAAAUGGGAGUAGGACAUGUGUCUAAUGUGUUAUUAUAUAACAGAAUUAAAACUGCUUGUAUUAAAUGACUUUUAAAAAAUUCUUCUAAAACUUUAUUUGCAUACUACCCGAACAAAGCUGGUGAAUAAAGACUCCAAAUCCAGGAAGCUAAUUCUAGGGACAGAGAUUGGGAAGAGAUACUUAAACCCUCCCACCCACAGGUCAAAUUGCACUGGACCAUUGUGAUUCUAUGUGAGGCCUUUACAUCCUCUACAAGCACUGAUGUGCUCAUGUUGCAAUCUGUGGGAAACAGUGAUUUCUCUGUGGACAUGGAGGUGGAGAUCUUUGACUCUGAGCUGAAGGACCUUUGCUUUUAUUCCCUGUUCUCUGCUGAGUAGUUGUGGUAGUAGUAAUAGUAGUAAUAGAUCAAUAUCUACUUUUCUCUGAAAUGAAGGAAAAGGCCUCUCUGCAGUUAUGAUCAGGCCCUAAUAGCCUCACUUGUUUCAUCAUGGAUACGUAAGCUUUUCAGAAACAUGUUAUUUACUCUUUUCUAGUAGCCAAAAUAAAAAGACUUGCCUAUUAA